AGCGGCGGCGGGUGGCGGGCGCCAUUGUGGUGCGCCAGGCCCGGCCGUGCGGAGCGGGCCAGCAGCGCCUCCGCCCUUCACGUCGCCAGCGCUCUUGCUCCUUCUCUUUCUCUCUUUCUGUCUCUUUUCCUUUUUCUUCUUCUUCUUCCUCCUCCUCUCUUUUCCUCUCCUUCCCCUCCUCCCCCCCCCCGGCCGCGGACAUGCCGCGCGUCUACAUCGGCCGCCUGAGCUACCACGUCCGGGAGAAGGACAUCCAGCGUUUCUUCAGCGGCUACGGCCGCCUGCUCGAGGUCGAUCUCAAAAACGGCUACGGCUUCGUGGAGUUCGAGGACUCCCGCGACGCCGACGAUGCCGUGUACGAGCUGAACGGGAAGGACUUGUGCGGGGAGCGGGUGAUCGUGGAGCACGCCCGCGGCCCCCGCCGCGACAGGGACGGCUACAGCUACAGCAGCCGCAGUGGGGGUGGUGGCGGAUAUAGCAGUCGGAGACAAUCUGGACGAGAUAAAUACGGACCGCCCGUUCGUACAGAGUUCAGGCUGAUUGUUGAGAACCUUUCCAGUCGCUGUAGUUGGCAGGAUUUAAAAGAUUUCAUGAGGCAGGCUGGGGAGGUGACCUAUGCAGAUGCCCACAAAGAACGUACAAAUGAAGGAGUGAUCGAGUUCCGGUCGUACUCGGACAUGAAGCGUGCCCUGGACAAGCUGGAUGGCACAGAGAUAAACGGCAGGAAGAUCAGGCUGGUGGAGGACAAGCCACGCUCCAGCCACAGGCGAUCCUACUCUGGCAGCAGGUCCAGGUCACGAUCCAGGAGACGGUCUAGAAGCAGAAGUCGGAGGAGUCGGAGCAGCCGCAGCAGAUCCCGUAGUGUCUCCAAAAGCCGCUCCCGAUCUAAAUCCAGGUCACGAAGCAAAGACCGCUCCCGUUCCCGAUCCAAAAGCAGGAAGUCCAGAUCAAAGAGCAAAUCCAAACCCAAGUCUGACAGGGGUUCACGCUCGCACAGCAGAUCCAAGGAGAAGUCUGAGAAGUCCCGGUCCAGAUCCAGGUCCAGAUCUCGAUCUCCCAAAGAAAAUGGUAAAGGGGAUGCUAAAUCUAAGUCCAGGUCCAGGAGCAGGUCUCGCUCCAACUCUCCGCAGCAGCAGCAGUCUGCCAAGGCGCGCUCCGAGUCACCGCCCAAAAGAGCUGCCUCCAGGUCCCGCUCCAGGUCCCGCUCAAAGUCCCGCUCACGAUCAAGAUCCAGUUCAAGAGAUUAGGACUACAACUCUCACCUUGCACACUAUUAUGGAACAUUUUCCUACCUGUCAGGCCAUUAGUGUUAUGUUAGUACUUCAGAAGUUGGUUUUUUCUCUUGCAGGAGUGAAUGGCCUAAGAACUAAGGCAUAAGGCGUAAAGGUUUAAUUUCUAUCCCAAAUUUGACAAUGCCAGAUGGAAUGGUGGUACAAAGCAGGAAGAGUCCCCGUUUUUUAGAAAUUGAGCUGAAGGUUUGAUUUUAUAGCAUUUCUGCAGGAGUAACUUAAUUACUCUUAAAUGCAAAGUGGUUUUUAUAUUAAAAAUAAACUGAAUAUAAACAGGCUUAAAUAUGGGCGUUUUGAAAGUAUCCUUUUUUCUUAUUUUUUUCAUGGCAUUAGAACUAUGGGUGUCAUUAGCUUCAUAGGUUUCAGCUUGCUGCCAAGGGCAGGAUUGCCUUGCUGAGCAGGUCACACAGUUUAUCUUAAUUUUGGAAGGAGUCAGCAAACUGUAUAAACCAGUAACAGUACUAGGAAGAUUUUAGACCAGCAAUAAACUCAAGUUGGAGGACUUAUGUUGUACCUUGACUUGCCAAAAGAACAUUCCCCGCAUACUGAGGCUGUAUUAAAGGUAACAAAGGUACUCUGGAACCUGUAUCUUACAGUAUUGUUGAAAAUCCCUUUGUUCCAGACUUGAAAGAAUAAAAGCUUUCUGACGUUUCUUGCUUGAAUCUCAAGUGUCACUGUUGUCAGACACGAAGGUGUCUCUUGGCUGUGGUCCAAGUCCUUAGUAUGCUGUAUGGUUUGUCAGCCUCUGAAUCCCCAUUGGACAUGAAACCCAGGUAAAGAAAUCUGUCUUCCCUCCCCUUUGACUCACUUAUGUUAACGUUUUGCUUCAGACUAGGAGAACUAUAAUCCUCUUGUGUGUAGGUCCGAACUUUAUUGGAAAUGUAAUCUCUUGGAGCUAGAGUUCUAGUUUAAACAAAGGCUUUGCUAAACCACAGUUGCCAGUUCACUUAAAUUGUGGAAUAGGACUCAUCCCAAAAAAAUCCCCUUUAUAGUUAAAUUGAUUUUUGUAACAUGCAGUAGCAAAGAUUAGAACUGCCUUGUACUCUUUAUACAACGUGUAGUUUGACUUGUAUAAAAUUAAAUUGGUGACUCAAA